AUGAGCCUGCACCAGACUGCGCACCUAAUCGACGCCGCGGUGGUGAUCUCCAUUGUGGGCUUCGUUGAAUCGGUUGUCGUGGCAAAGGAGUUCUCGGCCAAGCACCACUACCAGGUCUCCUCCAACCGCGAAUUGCUGGCCCUCGGCGCCUCCAACAUCGUGGCCUCCUUCUUCCGGAGCUUUCCCACGUUUGGCUCGCUGCCUCGCUCGGGAGUGGCCAACGCCACUGGCGCCAAGACACCACUAGCCGGGCUCUUCACCGCGCUCGUGCUGGGCAUCUGCAUUCAGUUCCUCAUACCCACGUUCGCCUACAUGCCGCGGGUGAUCAUGGCUGCGGUGAUCUUCCGUGCUUCCCUGCUUCUCAUCGAAGAACACGAGAUUAUCUACAUGUUCAAGGUGCGGGCGUGGAACGAUGCGUCUAUCAUGGUGAUCGUGGGCAUCCUGACCUUCCUGCUGGGCAUCGAGAAAGGCAUCAUCAUCGCCAUCGGCAUCUCCAUCUUCAUGGUCGUCAAGCGAACCACCCUGCCGCGCCUCGCCGUGCUCCUGCGAACGCCCACGGGCAAGUUCAAGAGCAAGGAGGAGAGCGACCAGGGCCAGCCCAUCGACGGCGUGCUGCUGGUGCGGCUCGAGGAGAACUACCUCUACUACGCCAACAUCGGCCAGACGCAGGCGCUGCUGACACGUCAGGUGGAAGAGGCCCUGAUGGACGCUCGGAACAUGCAGCGCGGAGACGAGUCGAACUCUGAGCCCACGCUCUGCGUCAUCAUCAACAUGAAGUGGGUGGAGAACAUGGACGUCAGUUCGCAGCUGGCCGUGGAGUCCUUGGUGGAAGAGUUCCACGCGAGGUCGAUUGGGCUGUUCCUGGUGCGGCUGAAUACCGACCUGCGGGUGCGGUUCGAGCGGUCGGGCCUGGUGGCCAAGCUGGGUUCCGACCACCUAUGCCUCACCAACGCGCUCGCCAUUCAGGCCGCCAUCGACUGGCGCCGUCAGAUGGAGAAGAACGCCGCCCACGAACUGCCAUGA